CAAUACACACAUAGAUUGUGUAUAAUUGAGGAUUGAUGAUCUUGUCCACUAAACAAUCAUUGGGUUCGAGAUGUUCCCAGUAACGCGGAAAUGGGAGUUCGAGUUAUUUUUUGAUAUUCCGAGACUGCGCUCUCCUGUUGCUCUCGAUGUAUUGGAGUCUCUCCAGAGAUCAGUAUGUUCAAGACGACCGCUGCGCUUCCUCGCCGAUUCCAUCAUUCGAGGAAUGCCUUUCGAAGAGAUACAAAUCCUGUUAGAAGAAUCCUUAUCAAUCCUGGAUGAGCCCAUCACCAAAGGUCUUCGGCUGCUCCACUACGCAGCCUUUCAGCGUGAUUUUGAUGCCCUGUGUCUUCUUCUGCAAUUGGGAGCCGAUCCAAACCUCAUGGAUGAAGCCGGCUACACACCUUUGCAUAUAUGCGCCGAGAAAGGCUACAACGAACUCAUAGAGUUACUUGUCGAGUUUGGAGCACGGAUAAGGUUUACGGAGUUGAAUCCUAAUGACGAAGCUCAUGGUGACCCUCCACGGGCUACGAUUGCUGACGAACCUCUGCGUUUAGCCAUACGGAAUGAAGAGCACGAGACAGUCCAACUGUUGCUAGAGCAUGGAGCCAACCCAAAUGCUCUAUACUAUCUAGGACACGAAAUAAAUUUAGUCAACCCUAUGGACACUAGAUCCAUUGAACUGCUGCUGGCUUUUGGAGCUGACCCGAACGCCAGAGAUCUUCAGGGACUGACACCACUCAUGAAAGCAUGCCGUAAUUCACAAGCACUAGACACUCUUCAUUUGCUCGUUAGGAAUGAUGCUGAUGUCAAUGCCAUGUCUACAGAAGAUCAUCGUACGUCUUUACAUUAUGCCGUGCUUUUCGAGAAUUUACAGGCAGUCGAAAUUCUCAUCGGACAUAACGCACGCGUUUGCUUCCCACUGGAGCAAACGAGACCGCCCCCCUUAUACUUUGCUGUUCUCCGAGGUAACUGCCAGAUUUUAGAGCUUCUUUUGAGUGCUGGCGCAGAUGUCAACGCUGCGUCAACCGUCGUCGGGUCGGCACUCCAUCUUGCAAUGACUGAAAAAAUUCCAAACCAAAUCCAAGUCGUGAAGACACUUUUGCGCCACGGAGCAAAUCCGAAUGCAGUCACAAUGUCUGAUGACAGAUCUGUGUUAAAACCUCCCAUUGGAGAAUACUUACAGUGCUGCGAGCAUCCAGAUUCAAAAGUCAUUCGAGAACUUCUCAAGUACGGAGCCCGUAUCGUCAUGCAAGGUCAACGUGAUCAUCCUUUGGGAAUUAUUAAAGUCAUUCAUCGUAUCCAUCUCGGUUUGAACCCUGAAGUCCUGAAUUUGCUGAUUGACGCCAGCGAAGCUUUCAGUAUACCAUUCAUUGAACAAUCAAGGCAAAUGAGUGAAGAGCACAAGACUCUUCUGCUGACUAAGGCUCUGCAACCUUUCACACUUAAAGAAGCUGCUAGAAUAGGAAUUAGAAAAAAACUGGGAUGGGGUCCCAAAUUUGUUGACGCCAUUGAACAGUGGGGUUUACCUUUGUGUUUAAAAAAGUAUCUAUUAUUUCAAGAGUAGAGAACACUGAUAAAUUGAAUGAUGACAGUAAUUUAUGAAAAGUUAAAACAAAAUUGUAAAAUGGAAAGGCCGACAAAUAGAUGUAUUAUGUUGUUAUCAUUUGUAUUGAAUCACUUUUAAGUGGCAUUGCUCAAGGUGGAUAUCUUGAAAAUUACUGUGAACU